CAGCAAAUGUCUCUCUACAGAGACAAUCAUUGCUGUUCUCCCACUACCAGAGGACUCUAAACAGAACACAAUGGCGAAGCUUAUUGUGGGUGGCCUGCUCCUCUCUGUUCUUUCAGCAGGUUCAUCCCAAGCAGACAUGACGGGGAAGGCAUUUAUUUUCCCUCAAGAAUCAGCCACUGCCUAUGUGACCCUGAUCCCAAAGGUGAGGAAGUCACUGCAGAGUUUCACCCUGUGUCUGAAGGCUUUCACUGACCUCACCAGACCUUACAGCCUCUUCUCCUACAGCACAAAGACCAAGGACAACGAGAUUCUUCUCUUUGUACGAAAAGUGGGAGAGUAUGAGAUCCAUGUUGGGAAUUCGUUAGUCACUUUCAAAGCACCCCUAAAUCCUUAUGCCCCAUUUCAUGUCUGUGUGAGCUGGGAGUCUGCCUCUGGGAUUGCAGAACUCUGGCUGGAUGGAAAGCCUAUGGGGAGGAAAGGCUUGAAGAAGGGGUACAGUGUAAGUGCUGAGGCAAAGAUUAUCAUAGGACAAGAGCAGGAUUCCUUUGGGGGACGUUUUGAUGUAAAACAAUCUUUUGUUGGAGAGAUAUGGGAGGUGUCUUUGUGGGACCAUGUGGUCCCCCUAAAAGAAAUGGAUGGCGGGUGUUACAAUGGCAACCUUAUAAAUUGGCAAGCUCUUAAUUUUGAAGACAAUGGCUAUGUGGUCACUAAACCCAAACUGUGGGCUUAAACUUCUUUCUUUUCAGUCAUAAUUUGUGUUUAGUAAUAAUCACAUAGUUUCUGAAAUCAAAUCUGUUUUGUUUCUGUUACAAUAGUAAUGUGGACUGCAUUAAAAAGCAAAAAAUGUGA